GGGCGCUGGUUAAUAUACUGAGUCGUCUCCCACAUCACGUGCACACGUCUAAAUUACGUUACAAAAAUCUAACGGCAUUAUACCUUACAUUGUUUCCCAAAAGUGUCUUAGGCCAGUGAACGAGAAGGAAAGUUAAGACGGUGGAAAGAAUUUCAUUUAUGAAACGUGUUCAGUGAGGUCUUCAUUGAAUACUUAAAGCUAAGCCACGGAUGCUUCUUUACCAAUAUCUAUUUGCAUUUGCAAAUUAAAAAAAAAAAAGAUAAAAAAGUGAAUUAAUAGAGAAAGACUAGGAGAAGUUGGUAUAGUGUUGUGCGUGCCGUGUGCAGCGAGCGCGGUACGCGACACCUCACCAGCGCUCGUUACUAUGCUGAGCCGCCUCCCACAUCGCGUGCACACGUCUGAAGUACUCUAUACAAAUAUGACGGUAUUAUACCUUACAUUGUGUCCGAUAAGUGUCUCAGGCCAAUCGAACGAGGGCGAAAAUUAAGAAAAUAGAAAAAAAAAAUUCAGUGAAUUCUUCAUCGAAUACGUAAAGCUAAGCCAUGAUGCUUCUGUACCGUCACAUGUAGUAAAUUUUGCCACAUGUGACAACAAUGGUCAAGAUAAAGUGAUACCAAGGAAGUGCACAAAUACUAAAAUAACUGAAAAAAAAUCACUUCUCUUGUUUAUUAUUAUUAUUAUUAUUAUUAUUGUUAUUAUUAUUAUAAGGAACGAGCGAAGAAUAAGCAAUAGAAAAGAAAAAAAAAUACUGAAAGUAACUGAACAUCAGAUCAUGAAGGUAGAUUACGGCUGACCAGAGUGACCGGCCUUGUGCCCGCUAUGAGUGCCAUUUCCACCAAGUGAGAUGAAAUGGAUUUCUCCAUUCUGAUGAAAAUGUGUCGACUUUGCGGCCAAAAUAAUGUUUUAACGCUUCUUAUUCUUGAAUGCGCAACAAACAUAAAAGUAAAAUGAUUAUAUCGAGAAGAAAAAAAUGCGAAAUGCAUUUCAAAUAUCAACAAACAUUAUUGCACCUAAGAAAAUUGCCUCGAAUAUUUGUGACACCACUGACCUUGGAUCAAGUAUUACAAAGCAGACACUACUUAGUGCACACAUUUCAUCUGAUGGAUUCUUUUCUCUUAAUCUGUAAUGUGAGUACCAAGGUGACACCACCCUCCACCAUCCCACCUGUUGCCUCUACCACACCUGGGAACAUCACCUGGAACACCAACUCUCAAGAUAAACAGCCCCCAGCCCAGCCAGCCACCUCUCCCCCCACCAGUGCCCACAAGUACAAGACCAUCUAGUUUGACAGUGUGCGGCAGCUGCCAGGAGCGGCCAGGAGCAGGAGGAACCCUAUAGGUUGUCAGCUGAGGACUUCUGGGUCAAACUGGAUCUCUACAGCAGCAGCAGCAGCAGCGGCAACGAAAUACUUUUCUGGGAGAAGAAUAUCAGACAGACAGACAUUGAGAGAAAGACGGACAAACACACACUGCAUGUCUGGAAGCACCUUGAAAUGCCUGGUGUUGAGUUUAUUCAGAGAGAGAGAGAGAGAGAGAGAGAGAGAGAGAGAGAGUAUAAUUCUAUGGGAGAGGAAAGGGAAGAGGGAAGAGAAGAGAGGUCCUUGGGAGAGGAAAAUGUAUGUGUAUGUUUUUUUUCCUUAUCACAAAAACACCCUUGAAAACCUAUAUAUAGCUUCUCGUAGACAUUCUCACUCUCUCACAUGCCCACUCCCUCCCUCACAGCUGCACACCCUGCGGCCUCAAGGCACCCAGCUCUACAGAUACAGUAAAUGGUGUCACUUGCCAACCCUCCUGUGACAGUCACGGGUGCCUUGCCGCCUCCUGCACACCCUGCAGGCCUCAAGGCACUCAGCUCUACAGAUACAGUAAAUGGUGUCACUUGCCAACCCUCCUGUGACAGUCACGGGUGCCUUGCCGCUUCCUACCUGGCUUGCAUCACCAUCACCUACGAGGGGGAGAUCACCGUGAUGUGGCUGCAGCUGGCUAGCUUCCUGGAUAAAAACCUCAGCCCCUUGGAGUCCAUCCCAGCAACCUGCCUGACACACCUAACAGCCAUCAUCUCUGCUGCCCUUGUAUUAUGUAUGGCGGCUUCAACUCCUGCCAGCCCAGAGUGCUCCUACACUGAUCACACCUCCUGGUCCCUCCCAGCUCCCCAGGGUAGAAGGGACUGGUGAGGUGCAGCACAAAUCAGUUGUCAAGGCAGGAGGAGUAAAUUGGUGGCCUAAGCUUUCUUGCAUCAAGGUAGCAGGCAGUUGUCCUUCACUCUUGCAUCAAUCCUGCAAGCAAGUAGGAGUUCUUAGUGAUACACUCUGUAGAACCUUAAACAGAACUUUUAUAUACAUGAUUAAAACAAAAAAUAUAAGUAUGGUACUCAUACUCUAUUUCCUGACAUCAAAGACACCAUCCAUCUCUAUCUAUACCAUGCUGACAAUUCCACAUAUGGUGGUCUAAAACAAAGCACACCACAAACAAACAAACAUACUUUUAGCAAUAAUAAUAAUAAUAUAAUCUAUUUAUCUACGUCUAUACCAUGUCAGCAAUCCCACAUAGGCUAACACACACACAUGGCAAUGUGGCAUCAUCAGGCUAACACACACACACACACAUGGCAAUGUGGCAUCAUCACUCAGUUGUUUUCAAGGUUGCUCAGACUCUCUUCCCCCCUCCUCCCUUGUUCCAAUGAUGAUGCCACAUAACAUUUUACAGGAGUGCACCGCAAUAAUGUUGUCGUGUAAUGCUUAUCGGUGUUUAAUUACAUGCUUUUUAAUACCAUCUGUCUUGUUAUAAGAUACUGUAAUUAUUCCACAGCCUGCAAAAAAUAAGAUUAAACAGAGGCUACAACAAUGCAACUAAC